CUUAACCCAACCCCGUCCAGUCUAGUCCAGCACUUUUUUUUCUUGUUUCCAUUCACAUCCUAAGUGUAUUCCUUCUCCCUCUGCAUCACCCUCCCGUCUGCAUUCCCUCCUAUCACUCCCGUCUGCAUUCGCUGUCCUCCUUGCUAUGCUGCGGUCGCUGUAUUACCUGGCCCCAGUUUUGGGGGGCUAUACUGUCACCUCCUAUUACUUGCUGAAGAAUCCUCAUAUCUUGCACAAGAAGAAACGGUUGUCUUUUCACUGCAGGCACAUAGCCCACAGAGGUGGCGCUGGGGAGAGGCUGGAGAAUACGCUGGAAGCUUUUGACAAUGCUAUGGCCAAUCACACUGACCUCCUGGAGCUGGACUGUCACCUGACUAAGGACGGACAAAUUGUAGUGUCACAUGACCUGAAUUUGCUACGGCAGACGGGACAUGAUGUUGAGAUCAGUGACCUCAAUUAUGAGGAGCUGCCUCCAUACAAGGCGUCCCUAGAAGUCACCUUUUUCCCAGGUCACUUCUCAUCAGGCAGCGAUCGCCGGAUCUCCUUAUUGGAGGAAGUGUUUAAGCGGUACCCAGAGACGCCCAUUAAUGUGGAGAUCAAAGAGGAAAAUACAGAAUUAAUUAAAAAGGUAUCAGACUUGGUUAAACGCUACCAGAGAACGAACAGGACCAUCUGGGCUAGUAUGAGUGACUCAAUCAUGAGAAAGUGUCGGGCAGAGAAUGCAGAUAUGCCAUCAAUUUUCACCCCACGCCGGGGAUUUACUGUACUUCUCCUCUAUUACACUGGGCUUCUUCCCUUUGUCUCCCUGCCGGAGUCUGUUGUAGAAACUUACAUGCCAUCUAUAAUAAACAGGACAUAUUUUCCUAACAACAGACUCAUGAGGAAUCGGUUCCUGGUUUAUCUACAAGAAAAGCUCAUGAUGAACAAGGGACUGUUCCAGCAUUUGCAGGAUCGAGGAAUACAGGUUUACCUUUGGGUUCUGAACCAGGACAGUGACUACCAACGAGCCAUAGAAUAUGGAGCUACUGGGAUCAUAACUGAUUAUCCUUCAAAAUUACGACGUUUCCUGCAGCGCUAUGAUGGUGAGCAGCAAGUGAGAGGGGGUGUGCAGGACAUAGAAAGGAAUAGGCAACAGAGUGAGAGAUACUGAUUUGCAAAGGAUUGUGGGACUUCUGAACGAUCAUUAUCACUUUGAACUGACAAAGAGACUUUUAAAUCCCAGCAAAUGUGAAAAUCUUAAUUCAUUUAUAGUACAACAUAAAUCUGGCACCCUCUGAGCCUGUUUGUAUAAUCUGAAACUAGGCUACCCUUCAUUUGAUUGGAAAGAAACACAGCACAGUAUGUCCAAUGAUAAUACCACAGUCAGGUGGUCACCUUAUUUUAAACUCAGGGUGUUUCACCUAUCCUGCUAAUUCUCAUUAAAAGGACAUAAACCAACUUGUAAGUGCAAAACCAUACUUCUCAGCAUAUCCAGAAGCCUAUGUAUGACAGGGAGGAUGGAGGCUUAGUCAGGGUAAUCCAGGGGAGGAUUCACAGCAAAUUGGGGCAGUCACAUCUUGUUAGUAAACAGACAGGAAAUGGUAUAAGAGACGGGAAGGGUAGUAGAGAAUGGACAGGAAGGGCAGAAGCGGAGAGAUGGGAAGGGCAGGGGAGAAUAGACAGGAAGGGAAAAUGAGAAUAAAUUAUAAGGGGAGAGGAGAAGAUGUGGGAAGGGGAAAGGAGAAGGGAAGGAGACAGGUGAAGAGACAGAAAGUGGAAAAGGAAUGAGGAAGAAAGAGAAGAAGAGAUGGUAGGGGAGAAGAAACGAGACGGUGAGAGGAGAAAACAAGGGGAGAACAAAAAGGAAGAGGUGAAGAGACAGAAAGUAACAAAAGAGAUGAUACUGGAAGGGAAGAAUAGACAGUAGGAGAAGAGAAACUGGAAGGGGAGAGGAGAAGAGAUGGGAAGGGAGAGGACGAGGGCAAGAGAUGGAAAGGGGAGACGUAGAAGAGACAGGAAGGGAAGAGGAGAGAGAGAGAGGCAAGAAUGUAGAGUAGAGGAGAAGAGAUGGGAAUGGAAAGGACGAGGGCAAGAGAUGGAAAGGGGAGACGUAGAAGAGACAGGAAGGGAAGAGGAGAGAGAGAGAGGCAAGAAUGUAGAGUAGAGGAGAAGAGAUGGGAAGGGGAGAAGUGAAGGGAUAAUAAGGGGGAAAGAAACAGAAAGGAUAGAGGAGAAUAUAUGGUAAAGGAAAGGAAAUGGGACAAGAAGAGGAGAAGAGAUAGGAUGAAGAGAAAUGAAGGUUUGGGGAGAAGAAGAGACAGGAAGGGGAGAGGAGAAUAUAUGGGACGGGGGAAGAGAUGGGAUGGGGAGAUGUGAAAGGAUGGGAAGAGUAGAAGAAAUUGGAAGUAGAGAGUAAAAUAGACUGGAAAGGGAGAGGAGAAGAGAUGGGAAUGGGACAGGAGAUUAGAAGAGAUCGGAAGAGAAGAGUGAGAAGGAAAAGGAAUAUGAGUGAAAUUGGAAAAGGGGAAUGGAAACCUGAGUAAAUAUAGAUGGGGUUAGGAAGAGGGAGAGGAGAGAAAAGGAGGGGAGAGCUGGGAGAUGUAGAGAGGGACAUGGAGAGGAGAGCGAUUAGAAGAGAGGCUGGCAUGAGAAUGUGAAAUGAGGUGCGAAUGUGAAAAAGAAACAGAUGAUGAAUUUGGGGCAGUGGGUACAACGGCCCAUUACUGCAGAAUGUACAAUGUUACGAAAUCUGGGGAAAUGAUUUACUAAUUAUUGCUGUGCUGAGGUUAUUUAUUUGAUCUGUAAGCAUUUGUUAAUGAUUACAGAAACUAAUUACAGUUGUGUUCACAGAAACAAUGUAACCUGGUAGUAGAAAUACCAGAUUUGCUCAGUUGCCAACGACGUGUUUUUUUUGCUUAAGGCGAAAUUCAUACAGCGAUACAAGAUUUAGGGAUGAGAGCAAUAACCACAGACAAAAGCCACAAUCUGAUCAGGGUGGGAGUCUUGUGUUAAGGAGACACAGUAACAUAACAAUAUUAACUAAUUAUAUGAAUGAUCUACAAAGGCAUUUUUAUGAAGCCAUUUCCAUCACUGUAUGACUUGUUUGAUGCAGUGAGUUGUGAACAGCUACAAGAUAGAUAGAUACAUAAAGAUUUGGACUUUCUAACUAAA